AUCCAUUCCCUGGCGACGUUCGGACGUGAUAACGAACAGUUGACAAUUCAACAUUUUGAACCUUCAAUUUUAUUAAUUCGGUAAACUGUCUCGCGCCAUUACAUAGUACGAAUUGUACGAAUUGGCUUUCAAUUCCACCAAAAUAAUCCCACCAUUUCUAUCAUUUCUACCUUUUCUACCUAGAAACUACACAGGUACACAGGCACACAGGCACACAGGCCUCGCACGAUAAAAAGAAACCAACAAGAAACCAACAAGAAAUCAACGCCUGUAGUAGGGCAGCUCAUCCAUCGACUUCCAAGUAGCCUGACGACGACGACGAUGCGGCCACAUACAUGAGUACUCUCCUUCAACUCGAAGGAGUGCCAUCAUGCCGACUGAAGGAGUAUCAAGCAACAUCCGAGUCUUUAUAUCUUGGGAUGACCAAACUGUCUUUGCUGGCGAGGAUAUCAAGUGUCACAUAACCUUCAAAAAUAUCGCCCCCAGUACCAAUCCCACGAGACCUCCUUCGAACCACUCUCACCAUCCACAGGCCUCGUUAAACGAACGAUCGAGGCAGCCUUCUCCUCUGCUGAGUCCCAGGGCUAAGCCGAACAAUGGACUGACCCCUCCGUCCUCCGCCCGAGGGCACCGCUCUACCUUGUCUCUAACUGUCCCCUCGAGCAGCUCGCGCUUGAGGGGCCCGCCGCAACAAUGGACUCCCCCACAGCCAUCGCCACAGCCAUCUGGACAUACCCAUAAGCGCUCCCUGUCUAUAGUGUCAAUAGGAUCAGCUGCAACUAUUGAAGAACAGUCUCUUGUGAAUCCACCUCCGCCAAGAUCUCAACGACCUCCUCGCGGCCAUGGAAGGUCCGCUAGUUUGCAGAUAUCCCCGAGGGGCGGUUUAAUAGCUGGUCCACAAUCAGCCGCCCUGCCACGGCGCCCGUUUGGAUCGGAAAGCUCUGCUGGGUUUAACCACUCCUUCCCUCCAUCUAACGGCUUCUCUCGUCCCCCAGGCGCCUCGGCCCCAAACACACCUGGCUAUUUUAGCACCAACUCCCCAAGAAAGAGCCCGGGGCCCAUGCCAGACUUCAAAUUCCCCAUGCUUCCCUCACCACAACCCACCGACACCACUUCAAACUUGCCCCAGGGCCAACCGGUCGAUUACUUGACCGCCCCCAUCUCAAAAGUUGAAGGGAUACACCUCCCAGUACGACCAAGGGACUCGAUACCGACCAUUACCGAACAGCCAGCCCCCGCAGCACGAAUAUUAUCUACGACAAGCAUUGCUGGUGGGACUCCUAGGAGCAGUGGUGAGUUUUAUUCGCUGAGUAACAACUCGUCCGAGACGUUAGCAUCAGAAUACGUUACGCAGCCGUUACAAGGCGGGCGGAGGCCACCCCAUUUACGGCGGGGCUCCAACUUAACCACCAUUAAUCACGCACGGUUGCCAGAGUCAUUAAUGAUGGGCUACGCUCAAGUCCAAGGCUCGUUCACUCUCGAUGGGUCGCUUAUAAACCUAGGCCCCUUCGAGGCAGUUAAACGGAAGGCCGUGCUUGGGGGGCAAGGAGGUGGCGUUAUUGGCGUCGAGAAUUCAAGGAGAAGUAGCGGACUCUUAACCAGUUUCGGCUGGGGAGGCCUCGGUAGUUCUAUUGGAGAACUUCUUGGUGGUGGGGAGCUUAGCAGUAUCAAGCAGUUGCGAGGUGUUGCAAGCACCAAGUCUAUUCCCUUAUUAUCAACACCGCAGUCUAUAUUAUUUGUGGACUUACAACUCGCUCCUGGCGAGAGUCGAACCUAUGAGUAUUCGUUUAAGCUACCAAAGGGGCUGCCUCCAACCCAUCGGGGCAAGGCUAUGAAAAUCUCGUAUAGCUUGGUGAUUGGCACCCAGCGGCCGGGCGGGACAAAGGAACAACAAGUACGAUCAGUCGAGAUCCCAUUUCGAGUCUUAGGAAGUGUCAACAACCAUGGCGAGAUUCUUGGCCACGACCUGCUGUCACCUUACAUUAUUCUUCGCGACCUUGCCAAGGUGCAGUCCCUUGAGACAUUAUCUGCCUCUAUUCCUUUGAAGAAACGCACGCCUGACCGACGGGAAUCCACAUACAAUGGGUUCCUCGGGUACGUUGAGGAACUUCUUGAUCGGCCUCGGCAGGGCAUGGGACUUUUGUCCCCAACCGCUACCGCUCCGCAAUCCCGUCGUACCUCUACUUAUGAAGAGUCUACUUCGGCAAAAGAUGCCAUCGAUCUCGCAAUUAUUCGAUCAAAUCUCUCGUCCGAGUCUGGACAAAGCAGUAACCGUUUCGAGAUAGCUCGGAAUGGCCGCCGUGUUGGGGUCGUCAUGCUGGCGCGUCCCGCCUACAGACUGGGUGAGUCGGUGAGUAUGGCUAUUGACUUUACCGGAGCUGAGAUUCCCUGCUACGCUAUUCAUGCUGCCCUAGAGACGGCCGAGCGCGUCGAGCCAACUCUGGCCCUCCGUAGCGAGGCCAGCAUCCAUCGCGUCACCCGCAAGGUGUAUGGCAGCUCGAGUGAGGCUACGCUUUUCACACGUCGUGUUGUAUUCAACCCCACCAUCCCCAUCGUCGCCACCCCUGAGUUCGUCACUAGCGGCAUUAGCCUCGAGUGGAAGAUUCGCAUCGAAUUCGUUGUGCCCUCGUCCACAGACUCCUCCAUUGCCGAUUUUCCACGUUCGGGAGAUGCCCAUCCCUUGCUCGAGGAAAUUUCACGCGAUGAGAGGGGCGGGCUAGUACUAGUCGCUGCCGAGACCCUGGAUUGCGAGAGCUUCGAAGUUGCUGUCCCGCUAAGGGUUUAUGGCGCCGUGUGCAACGGCCUCGAGAAACUAGAACGCGAUGAUCGGCGGCUCUCUGAGGGGCUUGUUGUAUAAUUAUCUAUCUCUAUCUACCUACCCAUCUUUUUUGGUAUUUACAGAACAUCCAGACAAACAAAUUAACCAACUGACAUGAAGACAAAUGGAAAAGCAUGGAGAUGACAACUCAAUUGUAUGGUUAGUUAGUACGGGCGAGAAAUUGAUGAGAGGAAGAGAGAGAGAAGUAAAGUGAGUGGUUGUACGAGUUAUCAAAGGAACAUGUCCCAGCAAGCGAGGCGGGGGGUUCUUUUUUUCAACAGAAUAAGUGAAGCGAACAAUAUAUGAUUAGCGAUGUGAAGGAUAGAGGGAAGAAAGGGAUACCUACUAAGGAGGUUAAAGGGAGGAAGGGGAAGGGGUAUGUAAAUGAAAAGGGGGUGGUGGAUGGGUGGGGUGGAGAAGAGCAACCAAAGCGUUUCUAGGAGUUGUCUGGAAUAGAUUAGUGGCCUAUGAACCCGUAACCUAUCUAGGUACCCUAGCAGGUUAGGUUUACUCAGGUCAGGUCAGGUUCAAGGUAUCCGAUGAAAAAAGAAAAGAAGGGAGGG